UAUUAUAUUAUUACAUACUACAAAAUAGUUUCUCAUACUAAACGAGUUUGGAAGAAGAAUAUAUACAGUUUUCUCAUCAACUACUUCUCGAAUAUUUGAUCAAAUGGGUUCACUAAUGUCAGGUUGGGACUCACCCGUUUUCGCUUCUAAAUCAGGUACAAAUAAGCGAAAUAGGAAUCGGUCACUCACUAAAGAGGAUAUUGAAGCUUUUUGGAGAACAAAGAAUAAAACAGUGGAAGAACAUCUUAAAGACCUCUCAGACGCGAAACAACACCAGAAAAUUGAAAAAUUUGAGGAAGACGACUCUGGAAAAGAGUUUCAUCAUCAGGUGAGAUCAAGAUCUGUGUCUCUAGACAACCUAAAGGUGGACGUGGAUAGUGAUCAGACAAGCAUUGAAAAUAUCAUCAAGAAACAUGGCUGGUGGACUAAAAGUAAUUGGGCAUUUCUGAACGAACCACCGGCAUCUGAAGACGCUCCCAACACCUACGUGUCACAGUUCCACGUGGCUAGGGUAGCCCCCUCCCAUUAAUUCACAACCCCGCGCGUGAUGGAAUCGAUCGCCACGAAACUUGUUCAUAUAUUUUGCAUGAAUUUUUCACGUACUAAUAUCUUUCCUUGCUUUCACUUAAAUUUCACGUACUAGCUAGUACUACGAUAGCACACCUUUUAUUAUAUAUACUACUAUAUAUUAAUUAUGGUUGAAGAUAUUUGUGUGUGUUGUCUUGUCCAAAGUGUGUCCCCUUUAUAUUUCUGUAGAAAACGUAUGCAAAUGUACAUUCCGAGUAACGUGAAUAUUGAUUAAUUGCUUCUAGUAUUA